GCGGGCAGCAGGACCGGCACUAUGCAAAUGGCGCGGGCAGCGCGGCGGGCGGGGGCUGGCGCUGGCGCUGGCCGGGGAGAUGGAUACACACACCGCCCCCCGGCCCCCGAAAGGCGCACGGCCUUUCACAAAGCAGUUGUUGCUUUUGAGGGGGACACGGGUACACGUAAAAUCAUCUCCAGCGCGGUUUCAGUUUGAGAGACGUGUGAGAGAGCUAGGGAGAUGUGUCAGAGCUUGUUACUCAAGCUAAAUUAGGUAAUUUUUAGCUGGGUAAUGUGCUAAUCUUUAAACCUUUAUGUUUUUAAUUCCAGUGUAUGUCUGGUCUGUGCAUACAAAAGUGUAUUUUGCUUGUUUCUUCUCGUCUUCUUCAGUCUGAAGCCUUAUGUAGGUCAGGCUUGGCUUAAGCAGAUUUCCUGAACCUGCGUCAGCUUAAGCUGAAGGAAUUUUAAUAAACCCUCCCUUGUAGGCGUGGGCCUAAAUGAGACUAGCCUAGUUAAGCCUGAUCUUUUUCUGUUUGUGAAAAAGAGCUGAGCAGAGCUAGGGACUGCAUGGUGGCUUCAGAAACGGCUUCCUUAAUUCAAAGCUAACAAUGGUUGGGAAGGCCAGAUCUUCUAAUUUUACCUUAUCUGAAAAGCUCGAUUUGCUAAAACUCGUGAAGCCGUACGUUAAAAUUCUGGAGGAACAUACCAAUAAGCAUUCUGUAAUAGUGGAAAAAAACAAAUGCUGGGAUAUCAUAGCUGAUAACUACAAUGCCAUCGGAGUAGAUCGCCCUCCUCGUACUGCACAGGGCCUGCGCACGCUGUACAAGAGGCUCAAAGAAUAUGCCAAACAGGAGCUAUUGCAGCAAAAGGAGACUCACUCAGAUUGUAAAAGCAGCAUUUCCGAGCCAACCAAGAAAGUUGUGGAGAUGAUUCCACAGAUUUCCAAUGUGUGUUUAAGAGACAGGAGCGGUGUUCAAAGUGCUAGUAUCGAUAAAGAAACAAUUGCUGGUACCAGUUCACCACAGGCAAUGUUGGAUCACCAUCCUGCAGCAGUGAUGAUGGACUUGCAGUCAGAAGAGGAUGUCAAACCUCCUCCUUCUUUGAUUAUAGACUCACAGCAAAACGAGAACAUAGAACAAGAGGAAGAACACCAGCUGGUGCAUAUUAUGGAAAGGUCUCCUUCAACAUCAGUAUCUUCAGUUGAUAUGAGAGUGAUGAUGUCUCCUUCUCCAGUACCAAGAAGAGAUGAGUUUUUUAGGCUUGAAGUUGGAGAACGCUUUAGACCAAUGUGUGGUUAUGACCCACAGAUGUUACAAAUGCUGAAAGAAGAGCAUCAAAUAAUAUUAGAAAAUCAAAGAAAAAUUGGUCUUUAUGUCCAAGAAAAAAGGGAUGGUUUAAAAAGAAAGCAGCAACUGGAAGAAGAACUCUUGCGAACAAAAAUCAAAGUAGAAAAGCUGAAGGCAAUACGACUACGCCGUGAUCUGCCAGAAUACAGCAAUAUCUAAAUAUUUUAUUACUUCUGUCAUAUUCUUUGAAAUACUUAAUAAUAAAUGAUUUUGCCCUAGCAAAAUUGUUCCUUAUGUUAAUAUGGAUGGAUUGAAAUCUGGGCGUGAAAGAUGAAAGCAUAUUUUCCACGUUGUUGAUUUAUGUACCUUAGAAAACCUUGUAUGGGUUUGAAUGCACCAACUCUUCUGGUCUGAAAUUUAUUCAAAUCCUGUAUAUUUCGGUGUUUAGGAUGAUAAAAAUCCAAAAUAUUAAAGUAUUUCCACUUAUCUCUAUUAGACUUUUAUUGAGCUAAUGGAAAUCUAGCUCAGUUCUUUUUUAAAAAUAAGAUCAUAUCAAUAUUUUUUCAGAUAAUCACCUAUCCUUUAAUAUCUUAAUGAAGCUACAGGUUAAUAAAUACAUAUAAAAAUGAGGAAUAAGAGUCUAUGUUUGAAUGUCUUAUUCUUUUCAAGUUGGUAAAUCUUAUGACACUUGUGAGAUUUCACCAGUAUAUCAGCUUGGAAAACAAAAUUACGGGAUUGUUAUAUUUUUUUAGUGUUCAGUAGAUAGUUGAAUAAAUGUACAUCUUUUAAGAAGUUAAUACUUUUUAUUGUUUCCAGUGGAAGAGUGUUUCCAUAGGACAUUAUCAAAAUAGAGAUAAUGAAUGCAACACUUGGUUUUUAAAACUGCAUGCAUGUGUAAUUUGUGUGUACAGUUACCAUGAUUGUAUAUUCAGCUAAUAGUAAUUAUAAUAGUGAUCAAGUGCAAAAAUGUUCUCAUUUGCAUGCAUAAUUACUACAGUGCAUGUGCAACCAAGACAGUUGCAGGUGCCUUUGAUCAAUAUCACUAUGACUAAGCUGCUAAAAUGGGAGUUCCUGUAUUGUAAGUAACAUGUGACUUGAAAUCAACUGAAGGUUCUUUGUUAUUCUGGGUACCUUUUAUAAAUGCUGUUGUUCUGGUCUUCGAUUAGUUUCAAAUAAAAAGGCCC